GGAAGUUGUCACGCUAAUAUCAGUUAACGCUUGAAAAGUAAAUUAAUUUUGACAGAAAACACGGCUACGUAAAACACAACAAAAGCUCGAAAUAUGUUCUUUAAACAGCGCUAAGUAUUACUGAUACGGCUGCUCAACAACAGCAUUGUAAAUAUAUAUACUAGCAUAUUAGCAUUUGUUGCUACGGAAGUGGACAAAGAAGCACUGUCAAAACUGCACGCAGUCCUGGCUCAUCCCUGUCAGUCUGAGAGAGAGGUGAAGGUGUGGCUGUAAUCUCCUGCACUCGGUUUGCUGUCAAUAUGGCUCGCGUUGAGACUUCUUCUAGUAGGCCGUACCACCUGGUUAUUUUCGGAGCUUCUGGCUUCACGGGACAGUUUGUGGUGGAAGAGGUAGCCCGGACUGUGUCCGAGGGUCCGAGAGGGACUCUGAAAUGGGCCGUGGCCGGCAGGAGCAAACAGAAGCUGGAAAAAGUUCUGGAGCAGGCAGCUGGAGUCCUAAGUAAACCAGAGCUGAGGACAGAGGUGGACGUUAUCGUGGCAGAUGUAGGAGAACCCGACUCUCUGGCAGCCAUGUGCAAGCAGGCUGUAAUUGUCCUCAACUGUGUGGGGCCUUACAGGUUCUAUGGUGAGCCAGUGGUCAAAGCCUGUGUGGAGAAUGGAGCCCACCAUAUUGACAUCUGCGGAGAGCCUCAGUUUCUGGAGGGGAUGCAGUUGAACUAUAACAGCGAGGCAGCAGAAAAGGGUGUCUACAUCAUCGGAAGCUGUGGAUUUGACUCCAUACCUGCAGACAUGGGAGUCAUCUACACCAGGGAUCAGUUCAGAGGUACUCUAACUGCAGUGGAGAGCUUUCUAACUGUCGGUGCUGGACCUGAUGGUGGAUGUAUCCAUGAUGGCACAUGGCAGUCAGCCAUCUAUGGGUUUGCAGAUGGUCCAAAGCUUCAAGGUCUUAGGAGGAAGUUCAAUCACAAACCUCUCCCCACUGUUGGCUCUAAGCUCAGACGCAGGGGAACAUUGUUCUUCAGUAAUGAGAUCCAGCAGUACACGGUGCCCUUCAUGGGCUCUGACCCCUCUGUUGUGAGGAGAAGUCAGCGCUUCCUGACAGAGGAGCACCAAGCCACACCGGUCCAGUAUGGAGCAUAUGCAGGAAUAGGAGGAAUUGGAAACAUUUUCAAGCUGAUGUUUGCUGGCAUGAUGUUCUGGUUCUUGGUCAAGUUCAGUUUUGGACGCAAUCUACUCAUUAAGCACCCAGAGUUCUUCUCCUUUGGACUCUUCUCAAAGGCAGGACCAAGCAGGAAGCAGAUGGAGGCUUCAUCAUUCCAGUUUGCUCUCUAUGGAGAGGGAUACACAGAGGGGCAGGAUCCCUCCCAGGGAAAACCCAACAACAAGAUCCGCACAUUGGUUCAGGGACCAGAGUGUGGAUAUGUGGCCACGCCAAUUGCCAUGGUGCAGGCUGCUCUGACCAUUCUCAACGAACCCACAGCUUUGCCCAAGACGGGCGGAGUGUACACUCCAGGAGCUGCUUUUGCAAAAACCACACUGAUCGACCGCCUGAACAAACACGGCAUCCAGUUUUCUGUCAUCUAGAGUUUUUCCCCUUCCUGAUGCAUUACCACAGGUUUUCCAUGUCACUUACUAAUAUGCAAAUCAACAACUGGCAAGUUUCCAACAGUAAAAAAAAAAAAAGCUUUUCCUCACAAGUUUUCUUGGUUGUUUUUAGAUAUUCUUACUCCUUUGGACAGGAACUUGUCAGUCCUUUAGCGUGAAUGUACAUUCAAUACUUUGCUUAUAAGACAGAAAAGCACAACCGGUACAGAACAGCAGGAGAAUGCUUAGGUUGUCCCUCAAUGUUAUCCUUGCUAAUGAAAUGAAAUCAAAGGCAACAUUUUGUUCUCUGUAUUUCUCUGAACAUGGACAUAUAUUUUGACAAGCUACACUGUUACUAAUAUUUGUAGCUUAAAAUGGAUAGAAAACAGUUUUGCAUCAUUCUGAUGAAGCACGUGAUAAAAGGUCCCUUUUGAAAAAAUGCAAGAUUUUAAGAGGCAUUCAUUUGACAGAAGAAGAUCAAUAUUCUGUUUGUGUUUUCAUUGAAUGAAUAUAUUUCUGCAUCCACAUCAUCUGGAUAAAAAUAGACUCCAGUCAGCUGCCACACCUUCAUUUUGGUAUUCAUCCACACAGCAGGAGAACGUUCAGCCAGAGUUACAAUCAUAUGAUUUUUGAUGUCCUGUGUUGUAGAAUAGCUGAAGUAUAGUUGGCUAAAAGCUGCACAGUAUUAAACUAUCCUUGGAAAUGUUAACCUUUCAAGGUAGGGUUCAGUAAAGUAGUCAGAAAUCAGAGUGACAUAUAGGGAACCUCAAUUAAAACAUGUACACAGUCCAAAGAAAAGAUGAACAAACUGAGCUGCUGUAACUGUUUGAGAAAAGUAAACAAUCUGUUAAGUGUUUUUCUUGUAACAAACAGUAGUGUUUUAUUAAAAGGCUAUAAUUCACUAGGAGGCACUAACAUGGUAGCUGCACAUGUGUUCUUUUGAUUCAUUGGAGUAAAGCUGUCUACAGGGAAUAGAAACCUACUCUGUGUGUGUUUAAACAUAUACAUGUCAGCCUGUCUCAGCCUGUUAACUGGAAACCCUGAUGUGUUUGAUUCUGACAGUUCUUCUCAGACUAUCACUAAAACAUCAUACUCUGUUCAAUCUUUGUUUUCCUGUAGCUAAAUGUUUCAAACACUGUUCAAAUCAACCUGUUUACUUAGAGCUCUGGCAGAAAGUGUGUGAUGGUUAUAUUGCACAGCAUGAUUGCUGCAUGAAAUAGAUCCUCUCUGCUGUUCUGUUAACAAAUAUGUGUGCGGUUUGUCUGAAGACGCUUUUGUCUGUACUGUGGACUGGAGGCGGUUCCUUCCGAAACGGUUAAUCUGAGACCAGAUUCAUUCAUGUUUUUGAGCAUUAAGAGUGUGUCCAGAUACUUUUGAGGGUUUGUUUUGGUGUGCUUUAUACUUUGGACCUAAUAAAUGAAGCUAGCUCUGCUGAUAGAAACAA